UCGAGCUUCACUCCCUCGUCCACCAUUGACAUGGCGAAGGAGCGCGACUGGGCCGCCAGCUUGGGAAUGCUCGACUGGGACAACACUCAGAUUGUCUUCAAUAAACGCUCUCUCCUCGAGUUCCUCAAAUACGCUGGGGUAACGGUGGACCCCAACUUCACGAACAUUCAGAAGCUCCCACGAUACGCUCGCUUCGGGACUCUUGCUGAAGAUGCCGAUGCCGAGCAUCAAACUGCUGCACAGAAAGAGGCCGCCGCAACGGCGCAGCAGGCGGGAAAUGCAUACCGUCCUUCGCGGCGUGUACGCACCGCACCAGGUGGUGGUCACACAGAUAUCUUCGGUGCGGAUGACAGUGAUGCACUUGCGGGUGCUCCUCCGCGCCCUGACCAGGUAUGUGCCUACACAUCGAGGAGAGUUCUCCCUAGUAAAGUCGUCCAAGGUAUUAAGCUUCCCGAGCUGUCUCAUAUCCAUUUCCCAUUAACUAUUUGCAGGCCUCCCCGCAACACCUCUUCUGGUGUUUCGGGCUUAUGGGAUGCACCCGACCCGCAGGCCUUCAAGCCCACUCGCCGAGUGCGCGAGAUGCCCGGAGGCAAGGACAGUAUAUCUUCAGUGCGUACGCUUUGCCGUUUACCUUCGGCCAGUCGAUUUAUCGUGCCUUCAGUUGUUCUGAAUAGCGCAAUCCAUGUCAUUCUAGUCAUGAGGCUGGGCUUGCGAAGGAGUGCUUUCCUGGGUUGUGUUAUAUAG